GAAUAACAAGCAGGUCGAUUAAAGGUUUCGAUAUAAGCUGCAACGGGAAAAGAGUUUAACCAUGAGGUCCCUCCCGGUUGAAAUUUUACAUAUUGUUGCCAGUUUUUGUGAUAAAAAUGAAUUACUCCAACUUCGACGGGUCUCUCGGAAGCUCGACGAAAUAUGCCUCUCAUUUCUUUACAAUUUUCUGGUCUAAGAUAUUCUCCUUGGACGCUGUUUCCACCUCCACCGGGCUGUUCAGAUCUGUCUCGAAAUCGCCAUAGAGCGAUUGAUCAAGUGGGGAGGACCCGUGAUGCAGCUUGAUUCCAUUGGGGAGACGGCUUUGCAUAUUGCCGCGCGAAACAACUGCGUCCUUGGCGCUCGAAGACUGCUGUUGGCUCAAGCGGAUGUCAAUGCACAAACAAAUCACGGUUGGACUCCGUUGCAGCUAGCAGCGAGGCAUGGACAUAGCGCGAUGGUCUCUGUCCUGCUCCAUCAUGGUGCGAAUUGUCAUUUGCACGGCUUUCAUGGAUACACGGCGAUGCAUUAUGCUGCUCGCUCGGGGCAUCACACGGUGGUGAAACAGCUGAUUGAGUCUGGGGCUUGUGCUGAAGCACUUGAUAAUGAUAAAAAGACGCCGGUAGAUGAGGCCUGGCGAUUUCAAUACCAAAAUACUUUGGAGAUUCUUUUGCGUAACGUUAGUAAAUAGCAUUAUAACUUCACUUUCGCCAAUAAAUGGUUCUCUGAUGUUUUGCUCUUUUCUCUGGCUCUG